AUGAGGAGGAAUCUAACGAAGCACAUCAGCACUUGGAAUGGCGCGAUCACGGACAAGUACUACUGGUCACAGUCCUUGCAAGAAGUGACCAUGGAGGUUGAGGUUGGUGAUUGCAAGGCCUCCCAGGUGAAGGUGGAGAUCACAGCUACCAGGCUGACCGUAAAGCGAGGUGAAGAGACGCAAUUGAUGGGGAAGCUGCAUGAGAAAGUUUUGCCCGAGGAGUCCAUCUGGCAUUUGGAAGAUGGGCACCAAGUGAUCAUCUCCUUGCAGAAGUCAAGAGAGAACUGGUGGAAAUGUGUCCUUGAGGGUGAUCCGGAAAUUGACACAACGAAAGUUGAGUCCACGAGGAAGAUGGAAGAAUACGAUGGCGAAACGCAGGGCGCCAUCAGGAAGAUCAUGUUUGAUCAGAAUCAGAAGCUGCAGGGAAAGCCCAGUUCUGAUCAAAUUCGGACUGCCGAGAUGAUGAAGGAUGCCUGGAAUGCACCUGGCUCACCCUUCGCUGGAACAGAGUUCGAUCCAACGCUCUUGAACUUGUCGGGGCCAGUUGGUGAAGACUUCUUUAAGGCCAUGGAGGACAAGCGAAUUGAAGGAGCUCGACAGCGGCUCCAGCCCGCGAGCUCCUCUGCGCAGCAGUGA